UUAAAGGAGGAAGUUGAUGCCAGGAGACACAUCAUCGCCUAGAAUCUGCUUGGAUGUGUUGGACCGUUUAUUGCGCUUAAGUUAACUUUAAAGACAAAAAAAAAAGAAACAAACAAACAAACAAAAAAAACGGACUGGGGAUUGAAACUUCAGCAAAUCUUCUAGCAAGAAAUGCUGUGUUUGGGAAACUCCACCGACUGCCUCCGGGACCAAAUGCAGUCUAUGAUGAGGUCCUUGCAGGACCUGAAGCAGAUCAGCAGACCGAGGCCGCUGAGUGAGCCGUGUGACCAGUCCUUCGCUGUCACAAGGCUCUGCAAACAGAGAGCGCAGCAGGAGCGGCUCACUCGCCUCCGUGUGUCUGACGCCAGCGAGGCCAGCACCUACGACUCGGCCUGCUGCCUGGCCAACCCGCUGGAGGAGGAGGAAGAGCAGCGGGAACCCGAUCGGCUGGCGCGGGGCUCCCCAGCCAGCGAGAAGAGUGUGGAUUUGGACUCUGGUUUCUCCGAGGCUUCCUGGCAGGAUGAAGGUGUGGUGCUGAGAAGGACCAGAAACGUGCGAGUCUCCUCCUCCGCCUGCGUCCGAACAAACAGAGGAAGCUCCGGCCGUGCCAGGCCAAAGUCGACGUCUGACGUCUGUUUGGAGCGCUGGACUUCUUUUGAAGCGAGCGAUACGGAGGACUGGACCACGUCGCUGCUGAGCCGCAGCAGGAACAGGCAACCGCUGGUUCUGGGGGACAACAGCUUUGCUGACCUCAUAAAGAACUGGAUGGACCUACCUGAUCUACCAGAACCAGCUGAGAUGAAGCCCUGCUCGGGGCGACGUCUCGCAAGAGACAUUUUUGGCAACAUGCGGCGGAAGUUGGCAGGGAUGUCUAAAGGCGUGGAGCUGCGGCCGAAACCAGCAAACUGCACACGGUUGAGAAGAGCAGCGGAGGCUCCUCAGAGGAUGUCCUGUCCUGUGGGAUUUGAGCCUCUCAAGCCUUUCUUCCAUCAGUCUCACACAGGCCUACAUCAGCUGGACACCGAUUUCUACAGGUUCUCUGCACUCAUGAAGACGGGCAGCCGGCAGCCCAUCAUAUGCAACGACAUCAUUGGAUAUAUUUGAAUGUGAUGUCUCGUCCAAACAUAUUUAAAUCAGACUGUUCUGGUAAAAUGUCAUAAAUAAAAGUUUUUUUUUAUA